CCUUCGUACUCUCUCUCUCUCUCUCUCUCUCUACCUUUUUUUUUAUUUUUUUCUCUCUCCUUUUUUCACUCUCAUCACCGCCUUUUCACCGCUGUUGCAGACUCUGCCACUCCAAGUGUAAUCUAUACAUACAAACACAUAUAUCUAUCUGCCUUUUUAGUGAGAGAAAGUAGAGAGAGAGAAGAACAGUAAACACUCAAUCUCUUCCCUCCUUCGCUCUCUGAGUUCAGAGUCUCUCUCCGAUCCGACGGCCACGAUCUUCUCGUCACCUAAUCGUACGGACAGCCUUCGCUUGUCAGCCUCUUCUACUAGGCAAGUGGCAUUUCUUUAACACUGGGUCUAUGGAGCUUAAUGGUGAUAGAAGGGCUCGAAGAAAGGAUCGCACUGCACAGGAAAAUGGUGAUGUGAGGUCAUUAGCUUCUGCUGAAGAGCUGGAUCCAUGGACUGCAUGGGCAUACAAACCUCGUACCAUUUCGUUGUUACUUGUCGGUGCAUGCUUUCUUAUUUGGGCAAGUGGUGCUCUUGAUCCUGAAAACAGUUCAUCUGGUGAUAUUAUUACUUCUGUGAAAAGGGGCGUAUGGGCGAUGAUUGCAGUUUUUCUUGCUUACUGCUUGCUUCAAGCUCCAUCAACGAUACUUAUUAGGCCACAUCCUGCAAUCUGGCGAUUAGUUCAUGGAAUGGCUGUUAUUUACCUUGUUGCUCUCACUUUUUUGCUCUUUCAGAAUCGUGAUGAUGCUCGUCAAUUUAUGAAAUUUCUUCAUCCUGAUCUUGGUGUUGAACUUCCUGAAAGAUCCUAUGGUGCUGAUUGCCGAAUUUAUGUGCCUGAAAAUCCCACAAACAGGUUUAAGAAUGUAUAUGAUACACUUUUUGAUGAAUUUGUUCCGGCUCAUAUCUUUGGAUGGUGGGGCAAGGCUAUAAUGAUUCGUAAUCAGCCCCUUUUGUGGGUCCUUUCUAUUGGAUUUGAGUUGAUGGAGCUUACCUUCCGCCACAUGUUGCCAAACUUCAAUGAGUGCUGGUGGGACAGCAUUAUUCUCGACAUAUUAAUCUGCAAUUGGUUUGGUGAGACUCUUGAUGCCGCUCAGCUGUAUAUAUAUGAAGGAAUGCAUACUGUACGGUACUUUGAUGGAAAAACAUAUGAGUGGGUUGGUAUAAGCCGGCAGCCAAAUAUUAUGGGCAAAGUUAAACGAACACUCAGUCAAUUUACACCAGCACAGUGGGACAAAGACGAGUGGCAUCCCCUUCUUGGCCCAUGGCGUUUUAUACAAGUUCUGACUUUAUGCAUUGUGUUCUUGACAGUGGAGCUCAACACAUUCUUUCUUAAGUUUUGUCUUUGGGUUCCUCCUCGAAACCCGCUGAUUGUGUAUAGGUUGGUCUUGUGGUGGCUAAUUGCAAUACCAACAAUUCGUGAGUACAAUUCCUACCUACAGGACCGAAAACCAGAGAAGAAGGUGGGUGCAUUCUGCUGGCUUUCUCUUGCUAUCUGCAUUGUCGAAUUGCUCAUUUGUAUUAAGUUUGGACAUGGUUUAUUCCCCAACCCAAUGCCUAAGUGGUUGGUGAUUUUCUGGACCUCCAUCGGGCUGGCCCUUGUGAUAUCUUUGGCUGUAUGGACAUGGCAACUGCAUCAGACUAUUCGGAGGAAACAGCAAUGAUUUUGCUAUUUUACUUCAUUCUUCGAUUCCUUUUUGCUCGGACGUGUUCACCUGAAGAAGGUUGAGGAUGCUUUCAAUUGUUGCAGUUUUAUCGGUGCCAACUUCAUAGGAACGAAUGACGACAGUCUGUCUGUAUCCAACACCCUCUUCAAUGAUGAGCCCUUGCCGGUAAUGAUCAACAAACUGCUUCUUUGUUGGAAUAUUUUGGCGAUCCUCUUUGGGGAUGCAAGUGCCAUUUUCAGUGCCCGGAGCAACUGUGGUGCUAACAGCUCCAUUUUUAUGGCUUAGUACAUCCACCUUAGUCGUGGUCAACAAACUAGAAUUUCCAUUUAUCUUGAUAUUACUCAGUUUUUGCUUAUGUGGGUCAUGAUGAUCUCUAUUGAAAGAACAUUUGAUGGUAUAACAAGCUAGGUGAGAGAGAGAAGCCAUUUGUUCCUCUUCUUAGACUUUGGCUGUGUAGAGAGAGUUUGGAAGAGGGUUUUGUAUAUUGGUGUGUUUUAUAGGUUUUUUUUGGGCUGAGGAACCAAGGGGAAAAUUUGAGUUGAGAGGACAAAAAGAGGGAACUUUGUUGUACAGUUGGGACAUUUCAAAGGGAGUGUUGUGUCUGAUGAGAGAGAAGAUGGUAAGGGAGUUGCAAAAUUUAAAUUAUGGUAUUUUUAGGAGUGAUCGAAAGUCAGAAGAGGACACAUAUUUAGUUUCUUUUUUAGCAUUUUGGGUGUGGGAAACACAAAGAAAUGUAAAGAUUUGUGGGGUCUUUUAAAUGGCUCGGCUGUCUGUUCCUAGAACUUGGGCUUGGAGUUUUGAAAGUUGCCAAACUAUUUUUGGUUGUAGGUGUAAGUAAGCAAUGAACUCAUGGUGUCUUGCUGCUCUCUCUCUCUCUCUCUCUCUCUCUCUGUGUACGCAAAUGCAUAUUUAUCUACAUGUCUUAUUGCUGUC